UUUUGAAUUACUUGUCGCAGGUAUGGAUGUAUCUAGAUGUAUUUUAGUUCUAGAUACAUUCAUUACUGCGAUGAAUAAUUUGGAACGAAGGGAGUACAAAUCAAGUAAUCAAUGCUACUGUAUGGAUGAGGUCAAUGACGGAGAUUUCAUUUAGCUCACCUAAUAGCAAUGUUAGAGUUCCCUGCCAAGUCUAUUGUGCGUUCUCAUAGUACAGAGGAUGAGUUUUUUUUUCAACUGAAGAGGAUGAGUUUUUGUAAACGCAUUUUUUUCCUACUAAAUUCGACGAAAAAUUGGCAGCAUGGCAGUGCUAACAGUAGUAGUUUCUCCGAGGGAGAUCAGUUUCUUACUUUCGUUAAAUGAUAAUAUUCAUGCUGAAGAUCAUUGGCCCUCUCAAAUUAUUUUUCCAUUUAUAUUGUUUCUACAUCUAUUGAAAGGUGAGUUAACAGGAACGAUAGAUAGAUGAUUUGCCGUACACUACCCCUAGGGCUUUAUCUUCCAUAGACACUAGUACAUGGCUAAAACUUGUGUGUGAAGCUAGGAUCACACGAGAUCAAUUUAACAGAUUUUAGAAUUUCUAAUAUCACGGGCGCCAAGUGCUUCCUGCUCUCGGCGAGGGCGCUGCAUAUCUCGCGGGGCGAGACGCCCUCCUCCUGGCAAUGGAUCCACCUCCGCGGCGACAAGAUCCAAGGAAACGAGAGGUUUUUGGAAGCAGCCAGGCUCCGCAAGGUUUCGCGGUUGGAAAUCCGUGGGAAGAUGCGCGCAAUGUGGCAUCAGUCAGCAUUGGAUGGAUCCAUUCAACACGGCAAGUUUGCCUUCAAGGCUACAUGGAAGUUGGGGAUGACGGAGUGACUCACAAAAAUAUUUGGAGGUAUAGCUGGGAGGAAAAAUGGGGACCUUGCAAGCGCAGUCGCGUUACUGGAGCAAUUCAUCUCACAGACAACAUUGUGCUCCCUCGGAGAAGGGCUAACGGCUGGAUGGAGGUCGAGUUGGGUGAGUUCUACAACGAGGAAGACGACGAUGAGGUGUCUGUCAGCCUGAUGCAGACAACAAGAGGAGUACAAGAGUGGUCUUGUUGUGUUGGGUGUCGAGGUUAGAUCUAAGCAAUGAUGUGGACGAGCUUGUAAGAUCGACCAAAUGAGGGCCGUCGCACUUUUUCCUACAUAGAAAACAUUAGUUACUUACUAUGCAUCUACUGUAUUGAAAAUAAGGUUAUGAAAAGAUACGCCAGUUUGAAU